UAACGGUGUAGCCACAGUCACACUUCAAGCGACAACAAUAAUAGAAAUAAAUUAAAUCAAUUGGCGAAUUAAACUAUAUAAGGCGCGGCUUGACAAAGGGAAUUUGAUGAGCAGCAGGCGGGGAAUGCCGUGACGAAUGGCGGCACUGCGUACCAUGGAAGGCCACCCCGCAUCAGUGUUCCUGCAGAAAUGUACGAGAUAGUGCAUGUGCAUUGCGACUAAUCCAAAGAGUCCCCUGUGGUCAUAACGCAUUUAAUAACCAACCCAACCAGAAAGACACGAUUCACCAGAGAUUCUCCACUGCCCGGACCCAAUAACCCUCCCCAACCAUGGACGAAGACAUCCUGAACGCUGUGGAAUCGCUGUUCGGAAAGGACGUGAAGAUCGUGGACUGCGAGACCUCGUCCUCGCUGCAGCAGGAGGAAGUGCUGCUGGUCAACGGAGUGCCCGUGAAACUGGAUGGCUUGCCAGCGGAUGAUGCCAGUGCCAUUAAGGCAGCUUUGCUGGAGGGACAGAUGCCCUCGGUGGAGCACUUGAACCAGUUGCUCUUCCGCGCCGGAUUGGCUCAGCAGCCCAUCGAGGUUGAGACCUCGCUGACCGUUAAAUCCUCGCUGACCACCACGGAGGAGGUGCUGGUCUCGCGCAACGGACAGAUCCUAGACGAACGCACCGUGGAGACGAAGGAGAACUUCAACCAUCAGUCGCAUCAAAAGGAGAUCUGGCAUCCCGUCAAGCAGCAGACGGCCUUGGCUCGUGCCACACCCGAGAAUGCCCUCAAAUACCAAACCACUUCGAAUUCCACGUUCGCCUCGCAGGCCACGGACUCCGACGAUCGUCCAGCUGAUCCAUUGGGCCGCCAGCUAAACCAAACCUUCUCGAAUGCUUCCCUCAUGUCCAGCAGCUCGGCCAUUACAGGCUCUGAUCAGGUCAUUGGAUCCGUGUCAUCCACCACCAUUGGGGACAAAAGCUCGAAUAUAAGCAGCUGCGACUCCGGGCAUGAUGGCCUCUUCCACAGCGUGUCCAUGAGUGCGCCCUGGUCGCAUCCUCGCGACACUCUGACAGAUUCCUUGUACUGCGACAUUCCCAGCUCCGCCGAUGAGGCUGAUGCUGUUUCUAUCCUAAACACCCACUUGCAGAUUGCAGAGCCAUCCGAUUGCCAACCAGCGCCAGUUUACGCCAAAGACAUGCCCAAGGAGGGUAACCUAGAUUCGCUAGUCAGCUUGCUAAUCAGUGGCAACGAUGAAGAUCUAAAGUUUGCCCUGUUGACCUCGUCCCGUUUGUUUUCGACCUCUCAUGAGCUGCUCUCCAAAAUCAUUGCCAAGUCCAAGGAAAAUGAGGAUAACCUUAUUCGCCUGCUAAAUCACUGGUUCAACAUCUGUCCCGGAGACUUUAACAACGAUAUGCUGCUGCAAGAGCUGGAAAAGACGCGUGCGAUUAAAGGAAUGUCAGAUUUUUUGGAUGCCAUUCCCCAAUCUCAGGCUCAAAGAGCCGAAAAGGGACGAAACCAACUGCAAUAUUUGCUGAUCAAACAAUCUUCCGCCAGCUCCUUGGGACGUCAGAGCAGUAUUAAGUCACUGAAACGCUUUGCAGCCAAUGUGUACAAGACAGACAAUGUGCUAAGCAAUUGCGCCAAUGCCUUCGAGUUGGCCCACCAACUUUAUGCCAUCGAGUACGCUUAUUUGUCACAAAUACGUCUCGAGGAGUUUGUGGAAAUACUGGAUAAGGACGGGCUAAAAUCCUGCAUGACCCAAACCAAGGCGGGCACAUUGGGUUCGAAUUGCAUUAGCAAGGUCACAAUUGACAGCUAUGUGCAAUGGUUUAACCAGCUGAGCUACUUGACUGCCACGGAAAUAUUGAAGCUGGGCAAAAAGUCUCAAAGAGCACAAAUGAUUGACUUCUGGGUGGAGAUAGCUCUAGAAUGUUUCAACACGGGAAACUUCAACAGCUUGAUGGCCAUUUUGACAGCUUUAAACCUGACUGCCAUAGCCCGCCUAAAAAAAACUUGGGCCAAAGUGCAGACAACAAAGUUCGAUGGUUUGGAGCACCAAAUGGAUCCCAGUUCGAACUUCCUCAACUACCGCUCCACCAUGAAGGCGGCCGUUUGGCGUUCAGAAAGAGAAAUGGCCAACAAAAUCGAGCGAGCCAUCAUCCCGUUCUUCUCGCUAUUCCUCAAAGAUUUGCAUGCAAUUAACGAGAGCCAAGAAACGAAAUUGGCCAACGGCAACCUAAACUUCGAAAAGUGCCUUCUCUUGGGCACCCAGCUGCGGAACUUUAGCAAAUGGCAACGACUGGACUGUCCCUACGAGCAGAUGGCCAAUGUGGUAUCAUAUCUGCUAAAGGCGGAGGUGCUUUCAGAGGAUCUUCUGAUGAAAGCCUCCUACGAGUGCGAGCCCCCCGAAAACGGCGAGGAGAAGGAUCACUACAAGACGCUGAAGGCUGCAAAGAGAGCGAACACAUAAUCACCAAUCAUUAACGACAAUCCUCGGGGUAGUGCAACAUAUUACACAAAUAUUAUGCAAACGAAGCAAUGCAAUAAGCCUCGCACACUUUCGUUGGCGUUCCAUCUUCACAUUUUGCAUUUGUAUCGCGAUAAAACAGUAACAAUAAUAACUCUUACACUUCCAUUGUGUUUGUUAAUUUGUACUUAAGCUUACUCGACGGUAUAUAUUUAUUUGCAACUGAUUUAUAUAUACAAGUGACGGGCAUUUAAUUAGAAACACCAAAAAUAUGCAUACAAUUACUAAAGUAACGUUUUAAAUGUUGUAUUUUAGCAGUUAAAUACCCCCAAAAAAUACAUAAAAAUAAAAGACUUCGAUUAA